UUGGCCGCGAUCUCGUACGUUUAGACGAAACAGCAGCUCAACAAGACUUGCCAACGACAUCACCUCGCAUUUAGGUCGACAAAAAGCAAAACACUAUUGAUGUCUCAUUGCGGGCUCUUCCGGAGGAAGUGAGAAGAAGAGUGAGGGAGAACUCGGGGAGGAGAAGAGAAGAGAACAACCCAUUUCAAACUGGAGCCGUGAUGGAAGAACUCACCGCGUUUGUCUCCAAAUCUUUUGACCAGAAAGUGAAAGAGAAGAAAGAGGUGAUCACGUACCGGGAAGUGCUCGAGACCAGUGCAUCGGCACGAGGCAGGGAAGGUCUUAAUCCCGACGCCACUCGCGAGGAGGUGACGGCUAUCGCACGCGCUGCUGCUGGAGCGAGAUCACCGGCCAGAGAACCGGACAUGCAGCUCGCGCCAGAGAGGAUGCGGGAUGCCAGCAGUCCCAAACUCAUAGACGGCAACGUGGACAUGAAGGAGCGGAAAGAGGAGAGUAAACCGAUGGAGGACGAGAGUCAGACCAAGAUCAAGCAGCGGCGGAGUCGGACUAACUUUACUCUGGAGCAGCUCAACGAGCUCGAGCGGCUGUUCGACGAGACCCACUACCCGGACGCCUUCAUGCGCGAGGAGCUGAGCCAGCGGCUGGGGCUGUCGGAGGCGCGCGUGCAAGUUUGGUUUCAGAACAGGAGGGCCAAAUGCAGGAAGCAGGAAAACCAGCUCCACAAAGGGGUGCUGAUCGGAGCUGCGAACCAGUUUGAAGCGUGUCGCGUGGCGCCAUAUGUCAACGUGGGAGCUCUGCGGAUGCCAUUCCAACAGGAUAGUCAUCACGUGCCGCCCUUCUCCUUUCAGGUGCAGGCGCAGCUGCAGCUGGACAGCGCCGUGGCCCACGCGCACCAUCACCUGCACUCGCACCUGGCGGCGCACGCGCCCUACAUGAUGUUCCCCGCGCCGCCGUUCGGACUGCCGCUGGCCACGCUCGCGUCGGAGUCCGUGUCCGCGGCGUCGGUGGUGGCGGCCGCAGCUGCCGCCAAAAACAACAACAAGAACUCGAGCAUCGCGGACCUCAGACUCAAGGCCAAGAAGCACGCGGCCGCGCUUGGACUGUGACAUGCGGCGCACGCGCAACACGUCUUGCGCCACCAGGACUUGAGGGUCCACCACGCAAGCGCAGCAGGGGGCACGAGCGCCUGGCCCUCUCUCCUGCCAACGUCAACAACACAAGGACCUUUAUGUCUCACCAAGGACAAGCAAGAGUAGGACAACUACCGCGCUGGAUAAUAGGCUAUUUAUGAAAUAUUACACCACGCAAACAAACUGUGAACAAGUGACAGAGAACUUUGGAUUCCCCUGGGGGAGCUGGUGUGUGUACACACAGUGUCACUAUUUAGAGGGGAUGGCGGGAACAUGAGGAGGCGGUUGAGAAGGGGAGACACGAGAAGAGAGAGAUGUCUACAAAGGCAACUAAAUAACUAUCGCAGCUGGGACGUUCGACUCUUGUGUG